AUGCCCCCUCUCCCGGCGCACCGAGCGCGCAACCCGGCCUACUUCUACCCCUCGUCGGAGGCGAUGGCGUCUCGCGUGGCCCGGCUGCGGGAGCAGCGCCGGCGGCUGGACGCCCGCAAGCGGCGGCUGUCGGAGCUGGAGGCGGAGCUCGGCGAGGCCAAGGCCGAGGUGGACUCGGCCUGCGCGGACGCGAGGUCCGGCGAGCUCCGCGAGCGGUACGGGGCGGACAUCCUCCGGGGGGCCCGCGAGGCCGCGAAGGAGGCGCACUCGGCCCUCGUGCGGGAGAAAAGGUGCCUCCUGGCGAGCGUGGCGGAGGCCGAGAAGAUGCUCUCUUCGACGUAUCCGUCCCUGACCCAGCUGGAGGCGGAGGCGGAGGCGAUUGCCGGGAUUCUUGACCGCGCUGCGACCGCCGCCGCCGACAACAACGGAAAAACGCCUCCGAAGGACGGCGAGAUUGCGGUCACGAUUCAAGACUCCACGUCGGCCUCCGAUCAGACUGACCGGCCAGGCGUUGCCGCGACAGCGGAGGUGGGAGCCGUCCGGGUGCCGGGAGCGUUCAGCGCGGAGCCCGAGCUCCGUCGAAGGGCCGUCGCGGCCGCGAGAAAGCUCACUCCGGAGGAAGAGCGCCGCAUCAGGUCCGGCGAGGUCCAGCGCGCGGUGGCGUCCAGAGACGUCGCCGGAGGCGUCGGCGGCGGGCAGGCAACAAUAACCGGACCCGCUGUUGCCGAACCAUCACCGGCCACCGGCAGCGGCGGCGUUGCCGGGACAGGUGCGGCGGCGGCCCCGUCGCUCGACCCCGUCGCCGCUGCUGUCGAGCGGUCCGGGCCAGCGGCGUGCUGUCCGGAACUUGGGGCUCAAGCAAACGCGUGUGAGCCGGCGGCGAGGAAGAUGGGUUCGUCUUUGGAGUUGGCCGGUGGGUGCGACAGCCACGCCCCUCCGCCGCCUCGCCGGCCGGUGAAGGUCGCGCCGGCGGUGCUCGCGCUCCUCACCAAGCAGCACAGCGCCCGCGCGACUGCUGCCGCAGGAGCGAGGGAGUCCUUGGAGGCCAGACCGAAGGGAAAAGGGUCAGCGGCACCAGCACCGUUUGCUGCGGCGGCGUCGGCGGCGGGGUCGGAGUGUCCGUCUGCUGAAAUCCCUUCGGCGGGGGCGAGGGCGGCAGUGCCGGUCGCUCCAUCUGCAAAGCCGAUGUCGAAGACCCUGGCAGCCCUGCUCGCGCGAAGGGCUGAUAGACCAACGCCGUCAGGCCCUGCCGCGGGCGGCGGCUUCGACGGCGACGAAAAUGAGGCGCGCAAGAAGGCGACCUGUCCGCCGCUUGGGUUCUUGGGCGAGCUGAAGGCAAGGGCGGCAGCGGCGGCGGCCGCGGAGGGCGCGGGAGCGGGCCCUGAGCGGGAGGGGAAGGCGGCCUUGCCUACGGGAGGCUCUUUCUUGGACGAGCUGAAGGCCAAGACGGCAAGGAUUUCCUGA